CGGCAUUUCGUUCGACGCGCGUUGUAGCGGUUGUAGCCAAGUUGUAGCGUCGUUCUUUGUGCGCUUGACUACGUUGUUGUCAAGUUCCUCGUUGGAGAAGGCACCUGUGCGAUGGCAUCGUUGCCGCUUAACCCGAAGCCCUUCCUGAACAGCCUGACGGGCAAGCCCGUGAUGGUGAAGCUGAAGUGGGGCAUGGAGUACAAGGGCUACCUGGUCUCCGUGGACGGCUACAUGAACCUGCAGCUGGCCAACACCGAGGAGUACAUCGACGGCAACUGCACCGGCAAUCUGGGCGAGGUGCUGCUCAGGUGCAACAACGUCCUUUACGUCAGGGGUGUCGAAGAAGAAGAGGAAGACGGCGAGAUGAAGGACUGAGUGCUGUCACGCGACGCCCUUCAUCGUGUACAGCCCCUGUUCAUUCUAUUCACCCACUGUGUGGCCAUAAAUAUUCUGUUCAUACU